CUUAGGAACAAAUUGCUCAGAGCAUGGACAUACACACCAGAUAGUUUCCCUGAUCCAUCUAUCCACGCAUGUGUCAGACAAGCACAGCAACAAGCUAGCCAUGCAUGCCUUGUGAGAGCUAUGCUUGCAGGCUGACAGCUCAGUCUACUGGUUAGAACCAAUGCAAGGUCAUCCCACAUGGCCAAGUGAAAAAUGCUUCGCCUCUCUCACCUAUAAAUGCCCCCUUCCCCUGCUGUCAUACACCACACAUCCUGAUCUACACACCAUACAAGUUUGUAACCGAUCGAGCGGCUUCUCUGGGGCGACAUGAGAAGGAAAGCCAUGCUCACAGUGGGGAGGAAGAAGAAAGGCCGGGGGGCGUUGCUGGUGAGCAGGAGGCCGUUGCAGCACAUGGUGCUGAGGACGCUCAGGGAGCUGAAGAAGAUCGUUCCGGACGCCCAGGACGCCGAUGUGGACGUGCUGCUCCGGCGGACGGCUGACUACAUCUGCAUCCUCGAGCUCAAGGUGACCGUCCUGCGGAGGCUCUCGACCAUCUACGGGGUGUGAAUUGGUUGGGAACAUCACCCACCUUCUUCGCCGCACCGCCGGCACCUUCGUCGUCACGGUCCACUGCGACGUGCCGCUUGAUAACGAAUGAAAACCCCCAAGUGCCGCUUAAACAAGGCUCGCAAUCAGGAGUACUUCUCGACAUGCACGCCUCUGCUCUCU